AUGGACAAAACAGCGUACAUAUGGGCGAAGGCUGCGGUGCCUACCGGAGGAAGGGUGUGGGGAAACGUGAGGUCAUCUGGCCUGCAAGACGAUCUGCCUGUCCCCAUACUCCCUUCUGUAGAGGAGGAGCCCGGCGCUCAAACAGUCGUGGUUAUUAAGGACAGCCUGAUCGAGCGCAAUCGCCAGGGCAAUAGGGAGAUGGGGACCUUCGAGGCCAUUACACCAGAAGAUUCUUCGACCGAAGCGGAUGUAAGGAUCUUGAAGUGGGGUACUGAGUCGAUCCCAGGCGCGGGCGCAGCUAUAAAGACACUAAUUCCCACGUCAGUGCUGUUCAGCACCGCGCAUCGCAUCUACAACAAACUCUUUGAUACCAUCCACCUAUACCUCAUCAUGUCUGGCGCCAACGCUAUCGUCCUCUACCCUCGCAAGGAGGGCUCCACCUUUGACAAGGAGUACUACCUCAAGACACACAUGCCGCUCGCCAUGAAGAACUGGAAAGACCACGGUCUCAAGUCCUACGCCGUCAGUGAGCUCAACGCCGAUGGUCCAUACGCCAUCAGCACCGUCAUGGAGUUUGACAGCCCGGAGAGUGUCGGAAAGGCCUUGCAGAGUGAGGGCACCAAGGAGGUCAUGGAGGACGUAAAGAACUUCAGCAGCGAGACACCGAUCCUCGUUCACGGCAAUGUCGUCGGACGGAGUUAG